GGCAAGAGAUGUAGGGCGUUUCAAUAUCUCAGCGCUAUAAUUUUGUUGAUUACUCGUGUAGGCUUCAUACUUUAUUCUUUUUCCAAAGAACUACGUAACAGAAGGACUGCAAACACAACGACCAUGGGCUUCAAUACAGUACUCUUUCUUUUAAUUUUUGUAACACUUUCUGCUAAAACUGAACAGCAAUUGGGAGCUCUGACUGUGGAGACGGCUGUUGUCCUUUUUUGGUGUGGAGUACAGUGAUUGCAGCAGGAGAGUGGAUGGUCAGGAUUGAAUAUGUGAAAGCUAGAUCCAAGAUCGAAAUUUUCCAUUGAUUUUCAGCCCUGUUGAUAAUACAACACGUGGGAACAUACCAAAGGAGGCCAAGGAAUAUCUCACUGGACCUCUGAUGACCAUUCUUAUCCCUACUGUUUAUACACUGGUGUUCAUCAUCAGCUGUCCCCUGAAUGCCAUUGCAAUCUUCAUGUUCAUCUUGAAAAUUCGUCCGAAGAAGCCAGCAGCGAUAUACAUGCUGAAUCUGGCAGUUGCCGACUUGCUGUUUGUCCUUCUCCUUCCCUUUAAGAUUUCUUACCAUUUCAAUGGCAAUAACUGGGGAUAUGGACCUGCAAUGUGCCGCAUAGUAACUUUUGCCUUCUACUGCAACAUGUACUGCUCUGUUCUGCUUGUGAUGUGUAUAAGUGUGGACCGCUUACUGGCUGUGGUUUAUCCCAUGAAGUCUCUCACCUGGCGCAGACGGAAGAAUGCCAUGAUUGUGUGUUGCACCAUGUGGCUGCUCGCCAUUGGCGGAGUCAUGCCCAUUCUCCUAUCUGAGCAGACUGUCGAUGUAUCGGAACUGAACAUUAGUACCUGCCAUGAUGUGCUGAAAUUUGAAGAGCUUAAGGGUUACUACCUUUACUUCUUUCCAAUUUUCUGCUCCAUUUUUUUCUACAUACCGUUGAUUUGUAUCACUGUUUGUUACGUCCGUAUCAUUCGGUGCCUCAAGGCUUCCAAUGCAGCCAACAGGACCAAGAAGUCAAGAGCAAUUUUCAUGGCCAUUACUGUUUUCACUGUUUUUGUUGUUUGUUUCCUGCCAACUAACAUUGUCUUGCUCAUUCACUAUGCUCAGUUUGCCACUGGAUACAAUGAUAAGUCCUACAUGGCCUUUCUUCUCUCCAUGUGUAUUGGCAGUGUGAGCUGCUGUCUGGACCCUGUGGUUUAUUACUUUGGGUCUUCACAAUACCAGAAGAAAGUCCAUAGUCUCCUGCAGUGUAAGAGUAAUCUACAGACGAUCAGCAGCACACAAUCCGAAAGAACCUGGAGCAGUGAAAUGAAAACCUUAAAAUAAAGGUUGAUCAGCAUAAGACAGUGAUUGUUUGAACACCUCAGCUUGAUAGGAUUUGUUGAUAGAAAUGUGAUACACCCAAAACAUGGUAAAUGGUUUCAAGGAUAAAUUGGAAUAUUCUCCUUUUAUUCUGGAGUAUUAUAAUUAAAUUAUAAGCCAUAUUGAUCUAAAUAAUUAUACAUGUCAAAUGUGAAAGGAGUUGUGCUUUCCAAAUACAGGGCUUGUCUCUUUUAAUGCAAUUUCACCAUACGUAUGGUAAAAUUAAUUAUAAAUGAGAAUGAUGUGUAAGUAAUGGAAAUUAAGUAUAGAAUGUAAUCAAUACUGGACUUCCAAAUGGAUUUGUAAUGUGUUUAUUUACCAUAACAAGAAAUGUGAUCUGCUUCACUUUUGUGACAGUAAACUUUUAAUGAAGGGCUUUGGUAAAUAUUUCCAAAUUAACCCAGCAUAUUUUCUUUUGGUCCCAAAACUUUCAUUAUCUCUGAUUUGACUUUCAUUUUGCGUUGAAUGAUCCAGAUAACAGGUUAUUAUUGAGCCCAAGUCUCCUUCUGGAAUUAGUAAAAACCUCAGUUUCAUGGUUCUGUUCAUUUAAAAUAUUUUUUUUUAAUCUGAGCAUGUGGCUGGCAUAACUUAGGUCAUAAUGUUAUUUCGCCCUUCCCCCUUCUCUUAACGACAGGCUACUUUUCUUCUAAAUUCUCUCUAUUCAUUGUAGGUUUCAUUUAAAAC